AUGCUCCAUUCAACACUGGCCUUGUCCCUCCUGCUAAUUGCAGUCUCUUCCAACCUUGCAAUGGCCAUCAAAAAGGAAAAACGAGCCCCUCAGACACUGUCAAGAGGGUGGGGAGAUGAAAUUACCUGGGUACAAACUUAUGAAGAAGGGCUUUAUCAAGCUAAAAAAAGUAACAAGCCAUUGAUGGUAAUUCAUCAUUUGGAAGACUGUCAAUAUUGUCAAGCGCUGAAGAAAGCUUUUGCAGAAAACGAAGAGAUACAGGAAAUGGCCCAAAAUAACUUCGUCAUGCUGAAUCUCAUGCAUGAAACCACAGAUAAAAACCUGUCACCUGAUGGACAAUAUGUGCCUCGAAUCAUGUUCAUAGACCCAUCACUCACGGUAAGAGCUGAUAUCACAGGAAGAUAUUCCAACCGGCUUUACGCCUAUGAACCGCAAGACAUACCAUUCCUAAUAGAGAACAUGAAGAAAGCAUUACGCCUCAUUCAGACAGAAUUAUAA